CUCCACCGAGAUGAUGGGUCCCUCCCAGCGGCCGACGCCAUGGCCAGCAUCCUGCCCAGAAAGCAGCCUUUCCCAUUGGAGGAGCAGAGUGGGGACCGAAGCCAGGCUGCUGUCGGCUCUACGCUGCCGGGGGUGAGCAGCUACCGCCUGGCGCUGAAGCGGAUGGCUGGGGACCUCCUGUCCCUGCGCCAGCAUGUCACCAGCCUGGAGGUGGAGAAUGGGCACCUGCGGAGCAGCCUGACCUCACAGGAGGAGCUGGGCCACGCUCUGCUGGCCGACAUGGACUUGGAUGUUAUGACCCGGGAGGAGCUACAGGACAGGCUGGCCACCCUCAAGCGUAAGCUGGUGGCCAGCACGGCGGAGACAAGGAGGCUGAAGGACCGUGUCCAACAGCUACAGAACGAGCUGAUCCGGAAAAAUGACCGGGAGAAGGAGCUGGUGCUGCUCCAGCGAGCCCACUGGCAGCAGCAAGCUGUGCUGAGGAGGUGCCAGGAGAAGGUGACCAAGAUGAAGGGCUUGGAGGAGACAGUGCGGCAGCAGGAGAAGGUGAUCCACGUGAUGGAGCGGGUGCUGCAGGAGAAGCUCACCAGGGUGGGCAAGAGCACCGAGAAGCCAGCAG